GCGCACGCGUGCCCGCACUGUGGCGCCGCCUUCGAGGACGCCGGCGCGUGCGAGGCGCACGUGGCCGACCACUUCCUCGCCACCUCCACGGAGUUCGGCUGCGCCAGCUGCAUGAAGCUGUUCGCACAGCCCGACGAGCUGCAGAAGCACCUCAUGGACAUGCACGCGCACCACCUCUUCCGCUGCGCGCUGUGCCGGGACGUGUUCGACUCCAAGGUGGCCAUCCAG